AUGGAGAAGGAUAUGUGGGAAACAAGGGAUUUGUUGAACCCUCCAACAAGAGUAGUGGGCAGAGAGGAAAAUUUGUCAGGGAAUUUAGAAGGUUGUCCGAUCAAGAACCUCAACAACGUAGGGCUCAAGGUUUAUGUUACAGGUGUUAAAUGGUUGACCUCACUGGGACCAACAUGGGUGAAUUGGCAAAACCAGGUUAUGAGAUUCAAAAAAGGAGGGGAAACCCUAACCUUAAAAGGAAAUCCAACUCUUGACAGAUCCCUAGUAUCAUUAAAAUUGAUGAUGAAGACACUAAGGAAUGAAGGACAAGGGGUGUUAAUUGAAUUAGAAAAUGUGGAAGCUGAGAACAAGGGUAGCAAAACGUUAUCGAACAACAUGGAGAAACUAAUAAAGGAGUAUGAGGCUGUUUUUUGUAUUUCAGAUGGGUUGCCACCAAAAAGAGGAAGAGAACAUGGGAUUGUGCUUAAGCAAGGAGUAGAACCGAUCAAUGUUCGCCCUUAUCGUUACCCACAAUACCAGAAGGAUGAGAUCGAAAAUUGUCUGACGGACAAACGGAAGUUGUCAUUUGUCAACCGCACCAUUGAGCAGUACUUACGGUGUUUUACGUCAAACAAGCCACGACUAUGGAAGAGGUGGUUGGCAUGGGCUGAAUAUUGGUACAAAACCACAUACCACAGCUCCAUUUGUUGUUCACCGUUUAAAGCAUUAUAUGGGAGAGAUGCUCCAACAAUAUUGCAAUUUAAAGAAGGCUCAACCGUUGUUCCAACCGUGGAGCAAAUGUUAAAAGACAUAGAUGAUGAGAUUGAUUUGCUACGAAUGUUCUUAAUGCAAGCACAACACAAAAUGAAACAAUCGGCUGAUGGGCAUAAGGAGGUAAAUUUUGACGUUGGAGAUACGGUUUUCUUGAAGCUUAGGCCUUACCGACAGAAAUCUUUAAAGAAAAGCAACAACCAAAAGCUGUCUGCACGUUUUUAUGGACCAUUUAAAGUGGUAGGCAAGGUGGGAAGGGUGGGUUAUCGCUUGGAAUUGCCGGCAUCUACACGACUCCAUCCAGUGUUUCAUGUCUCUCAAUUGAGGAGAGCAACUGGACAGUGUGCCUCGUCAACAAUAAUGCCGAAUCAACUAAAUGACGAUACGGAAAUGAUAGUAGAACCAGAAGAUAUCCUACAAGUACGAACAACACAGGACGGAAGACAAGAGGCAUUAAUCAAAUGGAAGAAUUUACUUGUGUUUGAAGCCUCCUGGGAAGAUUGUGAAGCGUUGAAGAUGCAAUUUCCUUCUUUUCAUCUUGAGGAUAAGAUGCAAGUCUUGCGGGGGGGUAUUGAUAGACUUUAG